AUGUCCUGCCCACCUAAAUGCCACCCGCAGCUUCACACGGGGAAGUUUGUUCUCCAGAGCUCGGAGCUGGGCGCGGGAAGCGCGGCCGGGCCCUCGCGACUACAACUCCCGGCGUGCCCUGCGGCGCAGUCUGUGCCGGUGCGGCGGGAGCCGGCAGCCCUGGCCGAGGGGGUCCCACCGAGCGCGGGCCACAGCCCGCCCCGCCAUCCGCCUGCACCGCCGCGGGCUCUGCCGAGGAGGACCCCCGGUGGCGGCCGGCGGAGCGGCACGGCCGGCUUCAAGUCGCCGAUCCCAUCUCCAAGGUCCUGCAAACCUAACAGAGCCAACGAAGAAGCCCUGCGGUGUGAAAUCGAAGAGCUGAAGCAGAAAGACCUUGCUCUAGACCAGGAAAUUGCACAAUUAUUGUCUGAAGGCUACAGCCUGGAGGAAUUGGAGAAGCACAUCUCUCUGCUCCAUGAGUAUAAUGAUAUUAAAGAUGCUGGACAGAUGCUGCUAGGCAAGCUGGCUGUUAUCCGAGGAGUUACUACAAAGCAGCUCUACCCUGAAUACGAUCUGGAGCUUAGCGACUAGUAUUGAACCUGAUGACUGCCACGUCUUGCAAAAAUGACUGUUACUGGGCCUUUAUGUUUUGGUGCCAUAUCAAUUUAGAACUGACAUAAGGUGGCCUCAGAUGUAUGCAUGCAGAAUUGCAACAGAGUAUGGGUUAACAGCCCUAUUUCUAAGAAGCUUUGGAACAUGAAAGUUGUUGAAUUUAUUAACUGUUUUCUGUUUGUGGGAAAGGGAUGUAGGACUUUGGAUAAUUUCAUCUACUAUCUGAUCAACGAUCAACAGUAUUUUUAUUUCUUUUUGUUGGAAAGAUUGUAAGUCUGAUUGAUGUUAAGACUCUUCCAAUGGAGCCUCUGCUUCUCUAUAAUGUCCAGGGGCUAUUUGGAUACUGAAUGGAUACAAGAAGUGAGGGCAUACAAAUGUGCAAUGUAAUAGCUGCUUUGAAAGAAAAGAAGAAACCCUCAGAAGUGUGGAGGGAAGAAGGCUGAAGCUGUGGUGGUUUGGGGGUUUUGUUUUAUGAUCAAAUCUGGAUAAGUCUGGGUGUUCUGCAUUUUUGUACUUGACUGCUCUGGUAUCUAGAGGUUUUGUAUCAUUUCUGUAGUAAAUGGCAAAACGUGAAGUUGUGUUUAACUGUCCAGUCUGAAUAAAGCAGCUAUCACAUUUCUCAGUAA